CUUCUUAAAACACAUUUAAUACUAAAAACUCUACGGUUCUUCACUUUCUCUCUCUAAAGCUUUGAUUUUAUUUUCUUCCCGUUUUCUCUCUCCAAAUGAAGCUGACGGACGGAAACACCACUUCUUCCGCCGUCAAAUUUCACUUCUUCAAAUGACGAAAGUAUUAUUCCCUCUCCUUUUCACCGUCAGUUACCUUGCUGUUAUCUCAUUCCCGCCGUUAACUCAUGCUUUGGGCUCCGGCUUGACGCUCGCCGUGGUCCACGGAACAGCCACCGUAUGCGCCAUCGUAGCCAACGAACCGACUCAACGCAUUAUCUGCUACCGUGCCAGCGAAACCAACACCUCCAACUCAGUCGCCGCCGUCAGAAUCCUCCCGAACGUUUCAUUCUCCACCGUCGCUGGUGGUCGAACCAACGUUUGCGCCCUCCGUUCAGGCGGUUACAGCCUCCUCUGCUGGGAAACGAACACCCCGAAUUACCCAGUUAAACGCCUCUACGUUAACACCACAGUUUUCCUACAAUCCCUCUCCAUUGGCGACGAAAGGAUUUGUGCAACCACGACGAAUGCUCUGCAACCCGUCGCCUGUUGGAGACCCGACGGAAGCAACGACGGAGAGUUUCCCGAUCGUAACUACACAAUUGGUAAAAUCACUUCCGGGACUGGGUUCACUUGCGGGAUUGUACUGAGUGAAAACAACCGAGUUACUUGUUGGGGAAGUAACACAGUAUCGAAAGCCAUCGAAACGCAAUUUGGGAACAUGUCAAUGGCCAGCAUCGAAGCAGGGGCUUCCCAUGUUUGUGGGGUGACCUCAGUUGGCGAGUUAGUUUGUAAAGGAAACAACUCGACGGGUCAACUCAAUGUUCCAUUAAACAAAGGUUUAAGCUUUGCUUCAGGGUUAGCUCUUGGUGAUGGGUUUAGCUGUGGGAUUCGAAGAUCGAACGGCACCGUUGUUUGUUGGGGUUCCAUGAAUGAGCCCUCCAUUGAAGAAAUCAAGUUCGAAUCCAUUGUUGCAGGCUUGAAUUUCACUUGUGGAUUAACAACGAUGAAUUUAUCUAUUGUUUGUUGGGGUCCAGGGUGGCCUAGGAAAAAUGGAUUCAAUUCGAAUUCUUCUUUAGAGUUACCUUUAAUGGCGGAUAUUUUACCAGGGCCCUGUAUUCAAUCUCCUUGCUAUGAGUGUGGUUUAUAUCCUCAGUCAAAUAGGCUUUGUUCUGGUUCUGGUAACAUUUGUAAACCCUGUCUUAACUUUACGGCACCGUCACCGGUGGCCCCACCGCGGGACAUUUCAAGGCGGACGUGUUCAUCUCAGGAGCUGAGAAGAGGGUUAUUGGCUUUUGCCAUAGUUGGAUCACUUGGAGCUUUCAUGGGGAUUUACAGUGUUAUUUAUUGUUCAUGGACUGGUGUUUGCUUAGGGAAGAAGAAAGUGCAUAACUCGGUUCAGCCAAUGAUCACUGGAGUGGGUUCAAAUGGCGGUCCUGGAUCGAACAACAGUUCUCCUUUGAGAUUGUUGACAAUCAGACGGCAGAGUUCGAGAGCCAUGAUACGUCAACGAAGUGGAACGUCGUCGAUACAUGCUGAUAAAGCCGAGGAAUUCAGCUUGGCCGAGCUCGCUGCUGCGACCAAGGGUUUCUCGUUGGAAAACAGGAUAGGUGCAGGGAGCUUCGGGGUUGUUUUCAAGGGGAAACUAUCGGACGGCCGUGAAGUGGCGAUCAAACGAGGCGAUACCGGUUCGAAAACGAAGAAAUACCAAGAGAAAGAGGCUGCAUUCGAAUCCGAAUUGGCCUUCUUAUCCAGGCUUCAUCACAAGCAUUUGGUUAGGCUCGUUGGAUACUGUGAAGAAAUGGAUGAAAGGCUUUUAGUUUAUGAAUACAUGAAGAAUGGUGCACUUUAUGAUCAUUUACACGACAACAGCAACGUCGAGAAAGCCAGUAGUUUACUAAAUUCCUGGAAAAUGCGGAUCAGAAUCGCGUUGGAUGCGGCUCGAGGGCUCGAAUAUCUGCACAACUAUGCAGUUCCACCUAUCAUUCAUAGGGACAUAAAGUCUUCCAACAUAUUGCUUGAUUUGAAUUGGACAGCAAGGGUUUCGGAUUUCGGACUUUCGAUGAUGGGGCCGGAAUCCACCCUAGAUUACAGGCCAAUGAAAGCAGCGGGUACGGUCGGUUACAUCGAUCCCGAAUACUACGGCCUGAAUGUAUUAACAACAAAGAGCGAUGUAUAUGGACUCGGAGUCGUAAUGCUUGAGCUUUUAACAGGGAGAAGGGCCAUAUUCAAGAACAGUUGCGAAAACGGAGGGACCCCAAUGAGCCUGGUCGAUUUCGCGGUACCUGCUAUUAUCGGCGGUGAAAUGGUUACGGUGUUGGACCCAAGGGUCGGACCACCCGAGCUUAACGAAGCCGAAUCAGUGGAGCUUAUGGCCUAUACCGCAAUGCAUUGUGUGAACUUGGAAGGCAAAGAUAGACCUACGAUUGGUGAUAUUGUUUCAAACUUGGAGAGAGCUUUGAAUGCCUGUGAUGGCAGUAUCUCUAGCGGCGCUUUCUCCAUCGGUUCGGAGUAAAUUCUCCGCGGCUUCUCGGUUUUCUCGAAUAGCCCAUGUUUAACGCUCGUGUCGGACACGUUUUCCGAUCGUCCGACACUCGGACACACUCGGACCGAGUCCGAGUAAACCCUUUUUUCAUCUUCUCAUUGAUCAUUUUAGAUUGUAAAAAACAAAAAUGGAUUUUGGGUGUUGUCUGAGAGCUGUAGCUUAGAGAUUUGUUGCCAUUGUCCUCUGCUAUUCUUUUGUCCAUUAUUUCUGGGAAAUGGUUGAAAAGUUGGCCGUUUAGGUUCA